UCGGAACUCCCGCGGUUGCCAUGGUGACGAUCGUGGAUCCGGAAGACGAGCCGACGGUGUUGUUCGAGCGCGCUGUGUAUGCGGUCGACGAGGACGUCGGCACCGUCGCCAUUACCAUCCGACGCGUCGGCGACACGUCGCAAGAGCUGCUCGUCGUCUGCUCGACAGAACCCGAUACGGCCAUCUCGACGAGUGUGACUAUACCUGCGGAAGCUGCAGACUUCAUCAGCCGCCCAGAGGAUGCCUCCAGCGUCGUGAGGUUCAGGCCUGGCGACGCCGAGCGACUGUGCAUGGUCAACAUCAUCGAUGACACACUGAACGAGCCAGAUGAAACCAAGCGUGAAGCGCCAUCUAUAUUCUUUGCGGAGGAGACGUACAUGGUGGCCGAAGAAGCCGGUAGAUUGCUGGUGACCGUGAGACGUCAAGGUCACGACCUCAGCAACACGUCGACCGUCAUCGUUCACUCAAGGUCAUCGGGAAAGAACGCAGCCCAGCCCGGCCGCGACUACGCGAGGCUCAACCGGAUGCUUCUGUUUUCCCCGGGAGAGGCUGCCCGCACGCUCAGCGUCCGCAUCAUCGACGACAUCUUCCAGCCGCAGCUAGAGGGCGCUGAAAGCUUCGAGCUGAUGCUACACUCGCCGACAGGGGGCGUGCUGACCAGUCCCAACACGACGGUGAUCUACAUCAACGACAGCGUCGCUGACGCUCCUGUCAUGCAGUUUCGUGAUGCUGAGGUGCGAGCGAACGAGGCUGACGGCACGGCGACAGUCUACGUCGUACGCACGGGCGACAUGGCGCACAACUCGUCAGUGACCUGCUACGUAGUGUCGGGAACCAUGGCAACGCACGCAGGCGCACACGCUCAACAAAAGAGAGAGGAAUCUACACUCGUGUUCUUACCAGGCGAGCGAGAGAAGCCAUGCGUCGUCAAGCUGGACGACGAUGCAGAGUACAGUCGUACCCGCAGGCUGACAUUGACCUUGGAGCGAGCGACGAGCGGGUCGGCAGGAGUAGCUAGACUUGGGUCGCGCAGAUUUUCCACCGUGUUGGUGAAAGACAACGACGAACCCGUGAUAAAGUUUGAAAAGAGGCGCCUCAUUGCUAAGGAACCAGAAGAUCCUGGGGAGCCAGCGACAGUGGGCGUGGUCAUCGUUAGGGUUGGCGACCUGUCCGCCAUGUCUGCCGUGCGCGCGCACACACGUGACCUGACAGCCCAAUCAGGAAAGGACUACGCGGGAAUAUCACAGGAGUUGGUGUUCCCACCAGGGGUGGCGCGCAACGUGCUGGAGGUAGAUAUAUUGUAUGAUGCUGAGCAGGAGAUAACGGAAGCUUUCAGCGUACACCUCCUACCGGACAAAUAUGGCCGCGCAAAAGUUCAGGUAACCGAGAAAUGCACCGUCUUCAUCGAAGAUAGUCACACCAAGGGUGACGUCACAUUUCCCGCCAUACCCGUCAUCGUGUCACUGAGAGACCUGGACGACAAGGUGGCGGCCGUCGGCUCGCCGAUUCCUGGCUACCCCGUCGUCUGCGUCACGGCGUGCAGCGCUCGGCAUCUGAUGUACGGCGACACGCAGGGUUUCUGCGACACGAACGGCAUCGACAACGCUCGCACGCGCUAUAGGUGGCGUGUGGCGCCAUCUAGUGACGACGGUCAAUACGAAUUAGAGGACUUGGAGAUGGAGUUGUUUUUCACCGGUCCGCAUGAAGUAGCGCUGGACAGCGUGUACUUUGAAGCAGGUAGCCGGCUCCAGUGUGUGGCCCAGGCGGUAGAUCACCAUGGUAACGCCGGACUGGCUUCCUACAGCUCCGUGGUGACGAUUGCCAUGUUAUCGCAGCUCUGUCCGUCAUCGUCUCUUGGUUCCUUCGGAGCAAACCCCUUCGUUGCCACGAUGAAAUAUACAGGUAAGGCGGAGGCAGAUAAGGGCUGGGCUGGCGGCGUGCGUGUCUCCGUCACGGUGCCCCAUGUUGACGGGAUGCUGCCGCUAGUAUCCACGCGCCCGCUUACCAACCUCGACUUCGCUCUCACUCCGUCGGCCCUGCGCGUCACCACACACACCUGCUCCAACCUGCUGAUAGAUGGCGACACCGGUGACAACGUGACGUUUCUCUCCGGCGAUGACGUUGGUGACGAAAUCGGGUCCACGGAACCUCCCGAUCAAGGUUUCGGAGUGCGCCGACAGGAGUUCUCGGAACUGGAGUCGCAUGAGCGGGACGCGGGGGUCCGCGGAGAGAGCGUGGUCGGCUUCUACCGUCAUCUGGACCUGCAGGCGUGCCUGUGGCGCUUCGUCGCACACACUGACCUGACUGCACUCGUGGAGACAUGUGGCGCCACCGUCACCACUGACGGCGAGAUGCUCAACCUGACGCAGUCAUUCGUCACCGUCACCAUCCCUCUCUACGUCACCAACGCCUACUACGCGCCUCAGCUUCCCGCUAGAUGGCGCAGCGUCGACAUGGAGACGAAGAUGCGGGUGUCGUUCGUGUACGACACAGCGCUACUGUGGGAUGACGGGAUAGAUCCGGAUAACAGCGAUUCACUGCCAGCAGGGAGGUUGUACCUGACACGAUUGAGGCUGGAUUCCGAUGGCAAGCUGCAGGUGCAUUUCAGAACUGAAGCCCACUUCACUGGAAAGUUCGUGCUGUUUGCAUCACGGGCAGGCGAGCUACUGGAGUCGGACGUGGUGUCUGUGAGCGGUCCGGCACUCAGCUUCACGCUCGAGCUGCUAGCAGAGGAACCGACACUAGAUGAACCAGAGCAGACGUGGAGAUUCAUCUCUAACUACGCGGUGCGCGACUACUCCGGACAAUACCAGAUCCGUCUUCUACCGUGCACGGCGAGCAGCGCCACCUAUGUGGAGUCGGGCGACGUCUGCGAGCCGCAGGAUCACGUGACCUUCGAGCUGCACCUGCGUCUGCAGCAGGUUAGCGACGCCGUACCGGCAGAAUUUAGCCUCGGUACACGUCUGCAGCUGGGCGGAGGCGGGGCUGGCUGGCGGGAUGCCGCCGCCCGAGCUGCCGACGCCGACGACGACCAAUACCCGGCCUUCACAUUCCGUAAAGUAGCUGAUCUGAUCGCUGCAAUGUCCUACGCGCGGACCGUCGACGCCGAUGUCAGCGACAUCUGUGCAGCUCCGACCAGCCGCGUUCGGCGACUGUGCGGUCGUCGUCCAGCGAUCUAG